AUGGCUUGUUUGCCUCUUCUCUCUUUCUUUUCAAUCUUUUUUCUCUCUUCUUCUUCAUUGAUUAAUGCCCAGCAGCCUUACAUCCGAAAGUCCAUCACACUAUGCGAAAGCAACUAUACUUGGGAUUCUGUUCUUGGGUAUAACUGCAAUGGCAUAAACACAAGUUGCCAAGCUUACCUCACCUUCAGAUCUGAACCCCCAUACAACACUCUCUCUUCCAUCGCCGCUCUCCUGAGAGCUGAUCCAUCGCAGCUCUCUCAGCUUAAUUCUCUUCCUGAUCAGAAUCAAACUAUUCAGACAAACAGGAUGGUGAUUGUUCCUGUCAACUGCUCUUGUUCAGGCGAGUUUUAUCAAGCAAACACAUCUUAUGUUAUUAAGAAGGAUGAUUCUUAUUUGUUGAUUGCAAAUAACACCUUCCAAGGCCUCUCAACUUGUCAAGCCCUCCAGGCUCAAAACAGUUUUGCUGCUAAUAAUUUAGCUAUAGGCGCUAGAAUUAAUGUUCCUCUUAGGUGUGCUUGUCCAACAAAGAACCAAAGUGAUGUUGGUGUAAGGUAUUUGUUGAGCUAUUUAGUCACUUUUGGCCAAUCUGUCUCCAUCAUAAGUUCACAGUUUGGGGUGUCUACUGAGAGCACUCUUGAAGCCAAUGAGCUUUCAGAACAAGACUUCAAUAUAUAUCCCUUCACCACCCUUCUAGUUCCUCUCCAAAACCCACCUACAAGUAAUCUAUCCGCAGAAGUGCCACCAACACCACCACCUCCGCCGCCACCACCGCCAUCAGUCCCUUCAUCGAAUAAUAGCUCGAACAAGACAUGGAUUUAUGUUGUAGCUGGAGUUCUUGGAGGGGUUUCCCUUGCUGUGGUCAUUGGGGCCAUUAUCUUUUGCUUUUUCUUUCGUAAAAAGAAGAAAAGUGACCCAAUUGUUGAUUCAGAGGUCUUUGAGGCACAUGAGAAACCAAAUAAGACAAAGGUGGAGGAAAAGCCAGAGGAGUUCUUCUUGGAGGGUAUACACAGUAUAGCUCAAUCCCUCAAAGUGUACACUUUUGAAGAACUACAAUCUGCAACAGAUAAUUUCAGUCCCACUUGUUGGAUCAAGGGUUCAGUAUAUCGUGGCACGAUCAAUGGGGAUUUUGCUGCCAUUAAGAAAAUGAAUGGAGAUGUGUCGAAGGAAAUAAAUAUACUCGACAAAAUAAACCAUUUAAAUCUUAUUCGCCUCUCGGGCGUUUGUUUCAAUGAUGGGAAUUGGUACCUUGUUUAUGAGUAUGCUGUCAAUGGACCCUUGAGUGACUGGCUCUAUUACAAGAAUGGCGAUCAAAAGUUCUUGAAUUGGAUACAGAGAAUACAGAUUGCCUUGGAUGUUGCCACGGGGAUUAAUUAUCUCCAUAGCUACGCUUCUCCUCCUUAUGUCCACAAGGAUCUAAAGAGCAGUAAUGUCCUUCUUGAUGGCGAUUUCAGGGCAAAAAUCACGAACUUUAAUCUAGCAAGGUCAGCAGAUGGGAAGGAAGGUGAAUUUGCCUUGACAAAGCACAUAGUAGGGACCAAAGGUUACAUGGCUCCUGAGUAUUUGGAGAAUGGAUUGGUCUCCCCAAAGCUUGAUGUUUAUGCAUUUGGGGUCCUCCUGAUGGAGAUACUUACUGGGAAAGAAAUUAAUCUUCAGUAUGAAGAGGUCUUAUUCUCUGUGAUUAAUGAGAAAGAUGGAAGGGAGAAUCUGAGUAACUUCAUGGAUCCUUGUUUUCAAAGUAAUUAUCCUGUGGAGCUUGCCAUUUUUGUGGUCAGAUUAAUUGAUAGUUGCAUAAAGACCGAUCCAUCGGAUCGCCCAGGCAUGGAUGAGAUCGUGCAGUCUCUGUCAAGAACUCUGUCUUCUUCACUAUCAUGGGAAUUAUCAGUCAGCAUUUCAUGA